CAAGUUACGUUUCUUGUCUCACUUAUCCAAAAUAAGACGUGUAUGUAGACAUCAUGGAGGGCAAAAAAGCGACUUUGAGUGUCCCUGCAUACGGACAUGUCAUCGCGAGCGAGAAGUGGAGAAACUCGUCGCUUAUUCAAAGCUUGAAAGGACUGAAAAUCCUGUUCGAGAGCGAUCUUGGUGUGGCCGACUUCCUCCUCCCAAACAAGAACUGCAUUCUCUACCUUUCCGAAUGUGAUGUCAUCGCUGGCGCUGCCUACAAGAGGAAGCUGGUUCGGUACAGGAAUGCCUGCAGCAGCUUCCAGGAGCUGGUCGUAGUGGAGAAAACACGUCUGGUCGAGCAGUACUUCUGGGCCAUCCAGAAGUUUGUCGUGUUGGAGCUCGGCUUGACGCUGCUACCGGUCGGCGGGCAGACCGAGGCGUCACAACUUCUCCUUCAAAUGGUUCACACCGCCGGCAAGGACAACCCAUUCAGCAGAAAAAGCUCAUCCGGACUCUUGUACCCGCUGGUCUUGGCGACAGUGCAGCAAGUUCCCGGGGUAGGCCGGGUCAAAGCUUUGGCCCUGCUGGAGCUCUUCUCCAGCAUUCAUCAGCUGUGUCACGCCACCGUCGCAGAGCUGGAGGCCGUUGUGGGCCAGGCCGCUGCACAAAACAUCCACACGUUCUUCUACAAGUCCACUGUGGCAGGAAGAUGACAUACGGCCACUCGAGAUGAUUAGGAAUAGGAACUUGUACUUGGACAGAAAUGGGAUGUUUUGGUGACAAAACCUCUGAAAUGUGCCGUAUGGAUUUUAUGAAUGGAGCAGUUAAAUGGUUGGCACAUGUGCCUCACAGUUUGUAGUUUGAAUCUCGAUUGUGCAAUUCCUGUGUGCAAUGUGCAUGUUUUGUUGAUGCCUGACAAAUUCUCAGUACUCAAAAAAAUCUGAGGAAACUAUUUUUACACCUUUUUUGUUGUGCAAAGUUAUCAAAACAGGUCUCAUAAAUUAUCGACAAAUA